CUUUAUGCGUAGCUCCCUUAGGUUUCGUUCUGAAACAAAAGAUACUCUGGCCGCCGAGGCAUGCAGUCUACGACAACACUUGUUGCUGAUGGAGUCUGACCAUGGAUGAGGGGGUUGAUCCCGAAGGCGAAAAUGUGAACUCAGUCUUGGCUCAGGAAUCCUCAGAACUGCUCCGCAUCCUUAGCGGUCAGUCACCCGCAGUCAUCAUGACAUUGUGCCAGAUGAUGCCCAGCAAUGCCGGUUGGAACAUCAACCUGGCCUUCAGUAGCCCCUCUGCAGCAGCAGUAACGGAACACAUCCAAGCUGUGUUAGAGUACUUCAAGGUGGCCAACACUGCAGAUUGCUGCAACUUCCUUCAGAGCAUGUGUAUCCUGUGUGAGGACAUCCCCAUGCACCUGGAGUCCAGGCUCAUGUCAUUGGCUGGAUGUGAAAACAGUGUUUGUGAACAUUCCAGUCCCAGUGUCACGGAUGGGAAGUCGUCAUCGCCGCCUUCAGAGCAGCUCAUCAAACGCCCACGGAUUGAUUACUGGACGCAGUACAUUGCUGCAGUGACGCAUUUACUGCAGAGGAGGUGGGAGCGACUCAGUGAGCGCCUGGUGAGUGAGGUCCAGCUGGAGAAUGUGUGGGUCACGCUAAGAACAGUAAACAGAGCUAGGGACAGACCCGAUCAAACCCCUGGAUCAGCAGACAAAGGGGGCAGAACACCAGAGCCUGAUGGGGAUUAUGGGUCUAUGGAUUCCAGAGUGACAUUGGAGACCUUCCUCCAGGGAUGUGCAGGGAAGGUGACAGUUCUGGUUGGCCCGGCUGGAUCAGGAAAAACUCUGCUGAUGUCUUGUUUAGGACAACAGUGGGCACAUGGACUAGGCCCUAUCCCUUCAUCUUACCUGUUUGUCCUGCUGGAGUUUCGUCAGCUCAAUGUACUGUCCCACCCUCUCUCCCUGUCUGAGCUGCUAUUCCGAUACUAUGUCCCCAUGCAAGAGGGUGACCACAAAAAGGAAGCCAUUGUGGAUUACCUCCUUUCCAAUCCAGACCAAAGCUGUUGGGUGCUGGAUGGCUAUGACGAGUUUCACAGCAAACUCACCAAACAAGAUGGGAAGAUAGAGCUAUUGGACCCAGAAAAGCCUUUGCCUGUAGCAGACCUCAUAUCAGGACUGUUAAAUCGUCAUUUUCUCCCAGGAUGCACUGUGAUGGUCACCUGUCGUGUACGCGAUGUCCUCGAUUUGGAAGGCAUAUCAGAUAAAGUCGGGCAGCUGCUGGGUUGGGACUGCCAUGAGAUCAAGGAGUAUGUGGACAACUUCUUUGGUAAAAAAUGUCACUCAGCAAACAGAGCUCUUGGGGUGCAGGCAGCAGAACUCCUUCUUUCCAGUCGACACCUACUCGCCAUGUCAUCCCUCCCUGCUCUCUGCAACAUCUGCUGCAUCUGUCUGGAGCAUUUACUGCUGCAAAGUAGAGACUCAGGAAGGACGCAGAUACCAAAAGAAAGAGGAAGUGAGACAAGGAGACAAGCCGGAGAAAAAGAAGAAAAUGGAGUACAGGUUCCACGAGGAGGAAGAGGAGAAGAGGGCAGUAGAGGAGGGAGUUAUGUGCAAAGGGAAAAUCAAGGCGGAGGGAGUGAAGACGUAAUGAUGGAUGGAACAAACAGAGCCCAGCUACCUCUCACACAAGCCCAGAUACCCUCCACCCUCACCCAGGUCUACCUAACUGUUCUCGGUGCCUUUCUGAGCCAUGACCUUGAUACAACAGGAAACAGUGACGAUUUGAAUACCAUGAGACUUCCACAGAGUAUUCUGAGUCAGCAUCGAUCUGAGUUGUGCGAGCUGAGUCAGCUGGCCUGGAAUGGCUUAGAGGACAGCAAGAUCCUCUUCAUGGAAGAAGACAUUUCUCAGGAUGUUUUGGAGUUUUCAAUCAGGACAGGGCUCUUCUCACAGGUGGAGCUCAGACGUGAGGAUGGGAUACCUGUCAACUCCUACUGCUUCACUCAUCUGACCUUACAGGAGUUUUUGGCUGCACUCAGAAUCAUGACAAGUUCUGAUGUUAGUGACACGCAGCUCAAGAAGAGAUUCAGCCUGAGAACUCGCUGGACGACCAAGUCAGACCAGAGGAAAGUCUUUACUGACUCCCUGCAUCUGUUUGUAUGUGGUCUGGCCUCCCCAUACUGCACUCCAGCCUUAGUUCAAUUAGCCAGGACCCCUGGUGGAACAGGAGGCCAAAAUUGGGUCCAAAAAAGACAAACCCUUGUUCUGAAACUGCUAAAAAACCUUUGUCACAGCAACACCCUGACUGGACCAAAGAUAUUGGAGCUUUGCCACUGUGUUCAGGAGAGCCAGGACCACCAACUAGCUAAGCAGGUUGUGGGUAGGAGACCCACCUUGGAGCUGCGCAACAUCCGGCUACUACCUAAUGAUAUUGAUGCUCUGGCAUUUGUAGUUAACUCAGCAGGUGAUGAUGGCAUUGGAUUGGACUUUGGAGCAUGCUCAAUGGAGACUGAGUGUUUAGAUGUCCUGCCCAAGUGUCAGUACAUUCACUACCUCAGUUUUCGUGGCCGCAAGUAUGACGACAAGUUCGCUGAGAAGUUGUCCUCCAUUUUGCCAAAAUUCACAACCCUGAGGAAACUAGAGUUUUGUGGUGCCAGUCUGACUGCCACAGGAGCGGCUAGUUUGGCCUCUGCUCUACCGAGCUGUCCACACGUCACUGAAAUCAACCUGAGUGACAACAAUCUGAAAGACGGAGGGAUCAAACACAUAGCGGAUAUUUUUACCAAACAACCACGACUGGUUUUGGUGAAGUUUGGUCGAAACAACGCCUCUCUGGAAGCAGUGGAUUAUCUCAUCUGGAAAAUGUCUUCGUUCUUGAACAUCCAGCAGGUUCAUGCAGAUGGGAUGAAGGAAUUGUCAGUCACUUUCUCUCAAAACUCUGAUUUGAACAGCCAGAAAACGAAGUCUCAACCAACAAUCUGCUUGUUGAACCAGAAAUGGAGCAAGCCUAACAUGCAAAAACUUGCAAAGUCAUUGGCAUGUUGCUCCGCCUUGUCUGUCCUGGAUAUUUCUGGAGGCCACUUGGAUGUUGAAACUCUGAGGAUUCUGACUCAGUCUUUGCCGAAGUUCAACGUCACCAAACAGAUCAUUGCGAAUGACAGCUGCUUAACAGUGGAGGGUUUGGUGAUUCUGACCGCUCUGCUGUCUGAUUGUCCUGCUGUGGUGGAGCUUCAUAUCAGACUACAGAGUCCUGUUCAGGUGUCCAUAGUGUUUUCUGGAGGGAGAGAAAAAACGAAUGAAGUAUCUAAACUGCUCUGCCUCAGCUGCUGUGGUCUGCUGCCGACUCAUCUGGAGAGAGUGUGGAGGAGUUUGGGAACCUCCCCUGAUCUCACUUUGCUGGAUCUGUCCAGUAACUGUUUAGGCAACAAAGGUCUGAGGAAACUGUUGGACUUCCUGCCCCGUCUUAGUUGCAUCCAGGAAAUAAAUGCCAGCAACAAUGGGAUUGGCAUGGAAGGGGUAGUGAUGCUGGCUGGUGCUUUGUGCUCCCAUAACAACUUAACACAAAUCCACAUCAGGGAUGGAGACAGAGAGCAGGUGAUCCUGAAGUUCUGCCCUGACAAAAGGGAUGACAAACAGCAGAAAAAGAUGUUCAGGAUAAACAACAGCAGCCUCCUACCAUCCAAUGUAACCACACUAUGUCAACGAUUGGGCCAGUGUCGCUCCCAUUUGGAGUUAGAUUUGUCUCACAGCUCAUUGACGGACAAGGCUAUCGAGAAUCUGCUGAAGGUCCUGCCCAAGAUGACGUCACUACAGAGACUCAAUGUCAGCCACAGCAUCACAUCCACCACUGGAGCACUGAUGUUGGUCAGAUGUUUGACUGUCAGUCAGCGAGUCACCUCAGUGGAGCUCAGGCCUCAGACUGAAUCCUUCAUCCAGUUUGACAGUGUGAAAGCAGAACAAGCCAGCUGCAGGUUAACUCAUUGUAGCCUGAAAGGAGAGAACUUGGAGAGACUGCUCGAGAUCCUACAGCAGGGUCCUCAACUGUCUAGCCUGGAUUUAUCAAGUAACCAACUGGAAGAUGAAGGAGUGAAGCAUUUUGUGGAUUGUCUACAAAAGCUUAAAAUCACCACCUAUGUAAAUUUGAGCAACAAUGGCCUGACGCAGCAGGGGCUGUUGGAUGUGACCAACACACUGUGUACCUGUGACAACGUCUCUGGUGUAGAAGUCAGUUUGGGAGCAGAGGAGAGGUGCCUUAUCUGGUUUACACAAUAUGAAGGUUGUGUAAAAACGCUGAGUGUCACAGAUAGUGGUUUGGAACGGGACCAUCUGGUCAGAUUAGCAGAGAUUGUGUCUGUCAGUCCCAGUCCAAUCAAACUAGAGUUGAAGAACAAUUUGCUGCAGUCGGUUCAGAUUGAAGACUUUGUGAAACUGUUAAACAGCAGUCAGAGAGGAUUCAGCAUCCGUAUUGAGGAACGUUGGAUCAGAUCUGAGGAAGCUGUUAGUUUGUUGUGCCGCUGUCUGGAUCUCAGCAGCAACAUACACACUAUCGGGGUUCACCACACCACGCUGCAUCUGUCUUUGAUGAAGUCCACUGAACUGACCUCAGUCAGCCUCAUUGACUGUGCAGUAGAGGGGUCUCACCUUGCAUCUAUGAAGAGCAUCAUCCUGAGGUGUCCUUUACUGACAGAGCUGGAUUUUUCCCACAACAGCCUGGGCAUAGAGGGAGCUGAGUUUCUCUGUUCUGUCCUGCCCUCGCUGCCAAAUCUCACUUCUCUCAGUAUUAGGUCCAAAGAGGCUUCUGUGACAUUGGUUGAGAAGCUGUCAGAGGCCUUGCUGCAGGCUACAGCCAUUCAGUGCUUAAAUCUGUCAGGUCAUGUGAUUAGUGACACAGCAGCCCAGAUUAUGACCAGAAUGUUGCCUCGCCUAAAAUCACUCAAUCUGUCUCACUGUGAGUGGUCAGCGUCUGGAGGGCUGCAGCUCAUCACAGUACUGAGAGAGUGUGUCAGUCUGGAGGGCCUUUGUCUGGACUGCUUGCAGCUGAACGAUGAGAGCAAGAUGUGCCUGGCACAAGCACUAAGGAAAAUCAACUCUAUACGCAGUCUCAAGUAAGAAACACCAUCUGGUCUACUGCAGCUUUCUCAUUAGAAUCUCUGACCUUUCUGUGUGAUUAUGAAGGAUAAUAGAGGGUAAUGCUGCCUGUUUAUAUACUCAUUAAGUAGUUAUCUAAUAUAUGGAGCUAAGCCUGCCAAGCUAUUUCAGACAGAUGCUUUUACAUUUACUACUACGGUUACACCGAUGCACUUUACUGACACAUAUCCAGAGCCUCUCUAAUAAUCGGGUCUAUUUAUGAUUUGCUGCUCCCACUUAACUGCCAAAGCUCACUCUCACUGCUCACAUUACAGCCCCUGUUACUGCCAGCAUGGCAUACCGGCUUGUCAUCGG